AUGGCGGACAAAUACAUCCUCAGGGUAACAGCAGGCCCAUCUUAUGACCUGGCAGACCACACCGAGGUCCCGGUGAACAGCCCCACACCAGUCAAGAUCAGCACGGAGCACAUGGACGUCGAGCUCAACGUUCGCAUCCAGAACUACCGUGGCCUGCCGCGCAACUCUCCAGCAACAUCACCUUACUUCGACCAGGAGCCUCAUAGCACGAACAAGGACCAGUACAGCAUCGCAUUCCAGUUUACCCCCAAGGCGCCCGCCCCUGCAAAAGCACCGCAACACCCCAAGGAUGCCAGCCCAGACGACCUAGAGCCAGAGGGAAUCUCCGGCUCCGACCUCCAAUUUGGUAACGAUUUUGACCACCCCAUCCGCGACCGCCUUCCACCCGGCUUCAGCUAUGCCAUGAAGAUUGUGAAAUGGUGGAUUGAUCCAGGCCUGGACGGAGACCCCUAUGCUGACAGCCCGUACCUCUUUGGGCCGGCACUCUCGUCCUUUAAUCACAUUCACGUCGGUCCAGCCGUGCUAGACGAGUCCAAGGGUGGGCUCUGGGUCGAGGAAGGCGGUGAUGCGGAGUGGAGGGAGGACGUUGGCGCGCCUGAGGAUAGCAGGGCGAGGAUGAAGUGGGCGCUGCAGGAAGAUAGUAAGAAAGAUUGGGUGUGGGAGUAUGGGAGGACGUAUGCGGUGGAUUUCUUUAACGCGUAUCUGGACUUUAGCGAGUUUGCGCUGAGGUUACCAGGAUAUGCGGUGCCGAUCAUGAAAUACUGGGAUGGCCAGGGGUUGAGAUAUGUCCUUCGGAACAAGAGCACUGGACAAGUCCUUCUCACCAUCUUGUUUACUCUCUAUCUCAAAGAGGACAUCAACGAGGAUGGCACUCUGAAGCCCAAGGCCAGACACGCAUACAGCUCACACACCGCUGCCACUGGUGAGGACCAAGCUGCGAUUGCGAAGGGCUCUGAUGAAUUCGACGGGGAAGCGGCGCUAGAGCAAGCAAGGAGACACCUCAGUGACGCGGACCUACCUGCGCAGAAACCUGUCGCAACAGACGACGGGGACACCGUGGAUUAG